CCGAAUGUUUCGAUGUACAUGUGACAAAUAAACUGAUCUUAAUCCAUUUAAUAAAUGAAAUAGAACAGAAUGGACAAAGAACCACAUUUUCUGUUUGUUACAAAAUGAAUUUUCCAGCAUUAUCAUUAAACAAUUUGAUUCUUAGCCUCCAAAACAUUGAGAUAGAAAAUUGCUGUCAAACCAAUGUAAAUAAACAUAAAGAAAGGGGAAUUUCAUUUUUAAUUCUUUUGCAGUGCAACCUCAGUAAUAUUAUUCUGAUUUUUAAAAAAAAUUUUCAAACUUCCAUGUCACAAGGACGUAAUUUUGGCAAGAUCUGCAAGUGAGGAAGUGAGAGGCUAAUUCACCAAACUUUGUAAUCAUAAAGUUUCCACUCACUGUGUCACACCCUGGAGGAGGAGCACACAAGGACAGUGAACUUUAAAUAAGGGAUAGAGGCUGAUCAUCAGCAGAGCAAAAUUAGAACUCACGCAGUACUAUUCUGACAAUCUGAGAGCUACGCUAUUACGAGGACUGAGACGGGAUCUGUAAAAAUUACAAUGGCUGACAGUGAAUCCCUGAGAUCCUUAAGUUACUGGCACAAUGGGGAUUGUCAUAUUAUAUCUCCUACUUCUUGUCCCUGGGUCAAGAGCCCAUUUCAAAAAACAUCACCAAGUCUGAUGGAGCUGAGCACUGCACGUCACCAUUCAGACAGUUACCAAUUGAAGAUCACGGGAAAGUUCUUAUCUAUUAGCACGGCUGGUUCUGCAAAGCUGACACUGGAGAAAGCCAUCAUGUUGGCUCUUGCAGUUGAAAAAUUCAAGAGGAAGUUGCAGCAGCCAUGCACAAACAGCUGGGACUGUGAAAGUACUUGCUUUGGAGACACUGAUUUGCUUGGAAACUUCAAUGCACUUGUAGAAGAAGCCAUCACUUACACCAACUAUGAAGGUGCUGAAGUGGUGCCCAGCUCCUACAGGUUCAUGAAGACUGAGUGUCAGCAAGUGAGGGAUGAACAAGACAAAUGCCUGAAGUUAUCAGAGAACUUCCAGCUCCUGGCCAUGUUCUUGCAGCAGCCAUCAGACGAAGUAACACUUAAUGUGAGGUACUACAAGGCAACUUCCGGUGAAGUAAAUUAUUUGCCGGUUGUUCUGGGAAUAAACAAUCAGAAUACGUUCCUCUCGUGCUCAGGGCCACCGGACAAUCCCAGGAUGCGAGUGGAGAAAUGGGAUCAGAAUUUGCAAAAUAUCAGUAGUGCCACUGACCUGCUUCGCUUCAUUUUCUUCAAGAAGGUUUCAGGUGCAGGCCAUUACUUUGAGUUUGAGUCGGCUCUACAUCAUGGGUGGUACAUCAGCACAUCCCACAGGGACAAGCAGCCAGUUGAAAUGGAUGAGAAGAAACACCAUAACAGAAUCACGAUCUUCACAGCUAAAUGAGGCAUUUUAAUUCUCUGUGUUAUUUAGAAAACAAAUCAGAAAUUGUUGGUUUAGAGAGUAUGUAUGUACAAAGUACAGAAUAUCUCUUAUUUGAUUAACAGUAGAUAGAAUUAUCUUCUAAUUACUGAGAUAUACAGGCAGCAAUAUUUGCUCACGUUUACGUUUUAUCAUUUAGAGCUAUUUAAUCGUGAGAAUAAUGUGUUGAGUUUUCAAAUACAAAAAUAUAAUAAUUCAAUAAUUAUUGUUAUUAUUUGAAUUAUUACUGUACAG